AUGAAAAUAUUAUUUAUUUUAAUAAUUUACACAAAUGCACUAACUGUUUUUGAAGAAUAUAAUAAUAGAUCAAAACAAGCUCAAAGAGAAUUAUUAAUUGAACAUUUAAAACGACAAAAUUCAUUAAGAUUAUUAGGUAAAGUUGCAGGAAGUUCUUUGUCAUAUAAUGAAAUUAUUCAAGGAUUAAUUAAACAAAAUACUAUUGAAGCUCAAGAAGGAAAAGUUAGUGAAAAAAAAUUUAAACAAUUAAUUGAUGAUCGUAAUAAAGAAGUAGAGCAAAAAAGAAUGGAAUUAUUACGUAGAUUAGCUCAAAAUGAAAUAGACUCAGAUCAAGCUAAAUUAAAUGAAUUAAAACGUUCAGCAUUAGUUGCAACUACAUCUACAAACACUAUUGACUUUACUGAACUUCAAAAAACAAUAGAAAAAAAAUGGAGAGCUCAAAGAAAAGCACUUAUAAUGUUAGAAAGAGCUCGUGAUGCUAAAAAUAUUGCUUUGUUAGAACAAACCAGAAACCAACAAUCCCCUUCAUAUUCUAGUAAAAAAAGAGCUGAAUUUCAUUUUAAAGUUGCACAAAAAAGAAAUAAAAUUGCAACAAAAGCUAUUUCAAGAGCUCAAAAUGCUAAUCAAAAAGAAACUUUGUUAAUUCUAAAAAAACAAGCAGAAAUCAAAAACUUUGCAUUAAAAAAUGCUAAAAACGUUUUAAAAGAAACUUCAAGAAAAAUCAAGAAAUUUAAUAUUAGAGAUAAUUUAAUUUAA